AUGGAUCAUAACUUUGAAAACCAUAUUCAAGAUACAAAUGUUACUUUGCAAUAUUCAAACAAAGACGAAUCACCAGUCGCAAAUGUUCAAAAUAUUGCGCAACCAUUAACUUCAGAAACAACUUCAUCCAAUACUUUGCCUGAUUCAUCUACGACUUCCGAGAACACGUCCAUUUCUUCUUUACAAGUUCCAAAUACCAGAAGGAAAAGAGGGUUGUCAUUAAGAUCACAAUUGUUCAAUAAGGCUUUUAAUAUACAACAAGACCAACUGGUGCCAAAUUCACAAACAACAUCAACCACCCCACAUAACAAAAAUAUUUCAUCUACAGCACAAAACGGGAUAGAAUUACAAAACAUACUGAAAGAUCCAACGCUAUUGCCGCCAAAGAUUAAUGUUGAAGAAUAUCCAGAACCCUAUAUUGUUUCAUCAUCAUCUUUAUCACUACCGACUGGAAAAUAUGAACCUUAUCAUACUUCAGAAACACAAUUGACUAGAUCAUCCACACAUUUGACAAUUGAACAUAGCAAUAACAGCUCAGCUUCAUCAUUUGUAUCAAGAAGAAAAAGAAUACAUGGUACGCCUAAGAAUAAAUUUAAGAAAAUUCUAAUAGAAUUGAAAAAUAAACUUCUAGGGUUAAAGUGUUUGCCAGCAACAGAAAUAGGUCGAGUUAUACCUUUAUCAGUCAAUCCAAAUUCAGUCAAUUCUUACUACCAAGACGAAUAUUAUUUGCCACACCAGAGGAGUUAUAUUGAUGAAAGGACAAAUCUACCUUACAUAAAUAAUUUAAUCACUUCAUCAAAAUAUACAAUAUAUUCAUUUUUACCGAAACAACUACGAGCUCAAUUUUCAAAAGUUGCAAAUUGUUAUUUUAUGAUAGUUGCAAUUAUGCAAAUGAUUCCAGGCUGGUCAACAACCGGACAAUACACAACUAUUAUUCCUUUGUGUAUUUUUAUGUCUAUAUCGAUUGCUAGGGAAGGGUUUGACGAUUGGAAAAGGCACGGACAUGACAAAGAAGAAAAUAAUAAAAUUACAACAGUGAUAAGAGAAGAUGAAGAACUAGGUUCUUUUGAUACCCAUUCCAUUAAUACCAUCUUAACGGAAACUAUCCCAGUUUCUAAUGUAACGAGAAAAGAUUUUGCCAUACACAAUAUUUCAAACUCGUCGAUUUCAGAUACUGAAGGAGCAUCAAAUAAUAAAGAUACAUUAUCAUACAAUGACAAACAUGCAUUGAAAAGAUAUAAUUUAAAAGAAAUACCAACCAAAUGGAAAAAUUUGAAAGUGGGAGAUAUUGUUAAAGUCAAAGAAAAUGAGUGGUUUCCAGCUGAUAUCUUACUAUUGGCAACUAGUGACAGUGACAAAUCGGAAGCUUUUGUAGAGACGAUGGCAUUAGAUGGUGAAACUAAUUUGAAAUCUAAAUUUCCACAUUCGGAGUUGUCUAAAAGAGCACGCACUGUUCCAGGAUUGAAAAACUUGAAAACUUUGAUUACCACUGAAGACCCCAAUCUUGAUUUGUAUAAUUUUGAAGCUUCCUUUCAAUUGAAUGAUGAAAUCUAUCCAUUAAAUUCAGACAAUAUUGUAUAUCGUGGAAGCAUACUUCGAAACACUGAGUCGAUAAUUGGUUUAGUUGUUUUUACUGGUGAAGAGACCAAGAUCAGAAUGAAUAAUAUUAAAAAUCCGAGAACCAAAGCUCCAAAAUUACAAAAGAACAUUAAUUACAUUGUCAUUUUCAUGGUUUUUGUUGUUAUUAGUUUGUCUGCAUUUUCUACAAUGGCACAACGAAUUCAAUUUUCCGAUCAUAGGUUGAAAGAUUGGUAUUUGUAUCAACAAGACGCAGGUGUUGCGGCAACUUUAAUGGGAUUUAUCAUUAUGUAUAACACUUUAAUCCCACUUUCGCUAUAUGUUACAAUGGAAAUUAUCAAAGUGAUGCAAUUAUGCUUCCUACAAUACGAUAUUGACAUGUAUCACGUAGAAACCAAUACACCAGCAGAUGCUAAAACUGCAACAAUUUUGGAGGAACUUGGACAAGUUUCAUAUGUUUUCAGUGACAAGACAGGUACUUUAACAGAUAACAAAAUGAUAUUUCGAAAAUUUAGUGUGUGUGGGGUUAGCUGGUUACAUGAUUUAGAUCUAAUGCUUAAGGAAAAAGAGAAUAUAAAUAGUCAAACUAUACCUAAAUUAACACCACGUUUAAAUGUACACUCUGAAUCAAAGAUGGAGUUAAAAGAAUUGAAGAAAGCUCGAAUGAGUACCACCUCAUUGGCUAGAGACAGCGUGGAUGGCAGGAAAUCCGUCUUAAGUGCAAAAACGUGGGUUUCAACAGCUCAACCUCACAAGAAACAAGAUCCAACAAAUUCAAUCCAAUUGCUAAAACAUAUACAAUCUCACCCACAAACAUUAUUUGCAAGGAAAGCCAAAUUUUUUUUAUUAUCACUUGCAUUGUGUAAUACUUGUGUACCUAGAAGAAACAAAAAUUUGAAACAAACCAUUAGUGGAUCACUGUCAUCGAUAGAGGAAAUUGAACAAGAAGAUGAUAUAUUAGAUGAUUCUUGCAUAACCUAUCAAGCUGCUUCACCCGAUGAACUAGCAUUAGUCCAAGCCGCUAGAGAUUUGGGAUUUGUUGUUUUUGAUAAAGAGUCAAAUAAAUUGAAAAUUAAAACGUAUCCGAAGGGGUUUGAAAACGAACCAGUUGUUGAGGAAUACCAAGUACUUGAUACAAUUGAGUUUUCUUCAGCUAGAAAAAGAAUGUCAAAUAUUGUCAAAUUUCCUGAUGGUCGGAUAGCUUUAAUUUGUAAAGGUGCUGAUAAUAUCAUAUUGGAAAAAUUGAAAAACUCUAAAAUGGCACAGGACAAAGCUAAAGACAUUACUUUACAGUCUUCUGAAAGAAAAAUGCAAGAAGCUGAUGUUGUAUUGCAGUCUAGAUUUUCUCACGACAUGGAGUCUAGAAAAUCUGGUUUAUCAUUUCGUCAAAGUUUUAGUAUUGGAAAUUCCGCACCAGCCAGAAUGAAUACCAUAGAUAAUGCUUUAAUGGGAACUGAAGAAGAUGGGAUAGCUGAUAUUGCAGAUAGAGCUAGAAAAUCAUUACAUCUUCAACAAGCUCAGAGGUAUAGUUUAGAUGGAAACAACAUGAUUGCCAGUGAAAAAACUUCGGAAGAUGGAAUGCCUUCUCAUUUCAUACCGCAUGAUAAACUUUUAGUUAAUGAAGAAUACAUAAUCGAAAAAACUUUGGAACAUAUAGAAGAGUUUUCAACAGAGGGAUUGCGUACACUAUUGUAUUCCUUCAAAUGGUUGGAUAUACUUGAAUAUGAAUCAUGGCAUGGUGAAUACGCUGAUGCAAAAACAGCAUUAACUGACCGAUCAAAGUUAGUUGAGGAAAUUGGUGGCAAAAUUGAAACAAAUCUUGAAUUAAUUGGUGCUACAGCCAUUGAAGAUAAACUACAAGAUGGUGUUAGUGAGACAAUUGUUAAACUUAGAAGAGCUGGUAUCAAACUUUGGAUGUUGACUGGGGAUAAAAGAGAAACUGCAAUUAAUAUUGGUUAUUCUUGUCGUUUAAUUAAAGAUUAUUCAACGGUAGUAGUUUUAUCAAAUGAUGAGGACAAGCUGGCGAUUUUGAACAAAAUAAAUUCUUUCCUGAGAGAUAUCAAAGGAGGUCGGGUAGCACAUAGUGUUCUAGUUAUUGAUGGUGGAACGUUGGCAACUGUCGAGUCUGAUACAAAUUUGUUGGCAUUAUUUUUAGAUCUAUGUGUUGAAGUUGAUUCUACCAUAUGCUGUAGAGCUUCACCAUCACAAAAGGCGAAUAUGGUAAGUGCAGUAAGAAAACUUAAAAAUGAGUCCGUCACAUUAGCAAUCGGUGAUGGUGCAAAUGAUAUUGCCAUGAUUCAAAGUGCUGAUAUAGGAGUUGGAAUUACUGGAAAAGAAGGAUUACAAGCAGCUCGAUCAGCUGAUUAUGCCAUUGCUCAAUUCAGAUUUCUUUUGAAACUUUUAUUAGUUAAUGGUAGAUACAAUUAUGUAAGAACCUCAAAGUUUGUAUUAUGCACAUUCUACAAAGAAUUGUUGUUUUAUUUGACACAAUGUAUUUAUCAGAGGAAUACCUUAUUUUCAGGAUCAUCAAUGUAUGAAAGUUGGUCAUUAUCAAUGUUUAAUACCCUAUUUACUUCAUUACCAGUCCUUUGUAUCGGUAUGUUUGAUAAAGAUUUAAAACCAGCAACAUUAUUGGCUAUUCCCGAGUUGUAUGCUAAAGGAAGGUUAUAUCAAGCAUUCAAUUUGAAAGUUUUCAUUUCAUGGAUGUUAUUAGCCACGUUACAAAGUCUUGGUAUGACAUUUUUAGGUUUUUAUAUCUGGGGUUUUACUGCAUUACGUGACAACACAACUUUUGCUUUAGGUUCAUUAUUAUUCACAGCCUUAAUCAUCGUUAUAAAUGCCAAAAUUACAUUUAUUGAGAUGCAGAAUAGACAAUGGCUUGCAUUUGCCUCAUUCAUAAUAUCAGUAGGUGGAUUUGGAGUGUGGAAUGUUUUGAUCAUGAUGCUUUAUAGACAAAAACAAUCUCCGAUUUUUUUUGUUUCGUAUGGUUUGUUAACUUGGGGACAAGAUCAAAGUUGGUGGGCAGCAUUAUUAAUCUUAUUCACGGUACCUUUAUUCUUUGAUAUUUUGAUGAAACUUUUUAAAUUCAUGUUUAAACCAAAUGAUGAUGAUACAUUCAAAGUUUAUGAGAAAGAUAUGGAAUUGAGAAAAGUAUUUGAAAAUACAGCUUACAAAGAUCUUUAUCAGGGAUGGACUUUCACUCGUGACCCUUCUACCACGAAAACCUUAAUCUUAAAUUUAUUCAAAAAAAUUGGAUUUAAUACAGAUUCGUCAAGAAGAGACCAGGAAAACGAUUUGAGAAAAGCAGCGUCAAAUGAGAACAAUGAAUUGAAUUUGCAAUCCACACUUAGUCGAAAAAGAGCUGGUACAAACCCAAUGCCUCACGAAAUGUCCCCAAGUGGAGAGGGAACCAAUGUUCAUUCAAGUGAUUAUGCAAGACAUGAAAUAUAUGAAAACGGUUAUGAAAUUUUACCAAGUGGUAAAAAAGUUAAAAUCAAACUAAAUGAAUCAAAAUGGACCUCUUUUGGUAUGAAGAGUUUUCGUAGUACUGAAGAUGUGGAUGCAAUUAUAGAUGAAAGAUUGAAGAAUUUAGAAAUGGAAGAAGAGGGCAAUCGUAAAUAG